AUGCGAAUGCACAGCCUAUGGUUUUCUCGACGACUCAAGCACAAAAAGGCUCAUUUGCAACUACAUAACUGCUCCAGAGAAAGCACCAACAAGUACCAAGCGCAAUGGCAGUAGGAAGAUAUAAAAAAAAGAUCGCGUUUAUUACAAUCGUCACUCGAUCUGCCCAAUAGUUACAAUGACAUUAUUUAUAAAAGUACAAUAAGAAACCAAGUUUAUUUGAUGUUGCUUGACAAGUCGACCGAGUUUUAUGAAUCCUUCGUUCCUCAAGGGAGGUUGCCCUCCCUUGUUCCCCGCAAGCCUCAGUUCCCGACGGAACCUACUCCUCCACAGUUCCUACAAAUAAAAGAAACAUCAAAAAGGUCUGUCAACGGCGGGAAUAUACGUACCUCGACUUUUAUGAAUCCUCCGUUCCAAAGGGAGGUUGCCCUCCCUUGUUUUCCGCAAGCCUCAGUUCCCGGCAGAACCUACUCCUCCACAGUUCCUACAAAUAAAAGAAACAUCAAAAAGGUCUGCCAACGGCGGGAAUAUACGUACCUCGACUUUUAUGAAUCCUCCGUUCCCAAGGGAGGUUGCCCUCCCUUGUUUUCCGCAAGCCUCAGUUCCCGACGGAACCUACUCCUCCCUUUCUUGUCCACAAGCCUCAUUCCCGGCAGAACCUACACCUCUCCCUUUCUUGUCCACAAGCCUCAGUUCCCGACAGAACCUACUCCUCCACAGUUCCUACAAAUAAAAGAAAUAGCACAAAGGUCUGUCAGCGGCGAACAUAUACGUACCUCUUUGCACACACUCUCGCUUUCAGUUUUUGAGGAAGAUAAAAAACCAAGAUGAAACAAAGAACUUUGCAACUGUACAAAAGAUGAGCAAGAGCCAGUCGUGCACUACUAGCUCUCUUCAUCUUUGUACACCCACCAAGACCGUAGUCCCGAAUCAAAAGAAGGUAAAAAGUGAUAGUGAAAGAAACACUGCAAAAGUACAAAGAUGAAUAAGAGCCAGUCGUGCACGACUAGCUCCCUGCAUCUUUAUACACCCACAUUGCAAAUGCACAAAGAUGAAUAAGAGCCAUCCGUGCACGACUAGCUCCUUUCAUCUAUGUACACCCACAGGGACACUCGUCCUGGAUAAAAAAAAAAGAAAGGUAAAAAGUGAUAGUGAAAGAAACAAUGCAAAUGUACAAAGAUGAAUAUGAAAAGAAUAAAG